AUAUGCGAGAUCCGGCAACCAUGAUUUUGAUUAACCGGCGGGAAUUACCAUAACCUAUAAUAAUAUUUGCUUUCAAACACAAAUGAAUUGUUUUUUUGAAACAUGAAGAAAUUGGGCAAAAACAAAAAGCCAAGUAAAGGUAGUCAAAAAAUUUCAACCUUUUUUAAGAAAGUAAGUCCUACUGGAAACGAAGAAUUACCCAAUGGAAAACCUGAGAGAAAAUGCGUAAACGGAGAUCACGAUCUUGUUAUCACGAAGGACACGUUCAACAAAAAAAGAAAACGCUCGAGCGUUUACUUAGAUGAUGAUCUGAUUGAGUGUACACCUCAUGCGAAAACAUGCAGUAUUUUAGAAUCGAUUACCAACAUACCACAUUCCAGUAAGACGGAGCAUCAUGUUUAUAUUACUCCAGAAAGUCGUAGUCCGGAUAUUAUUCCCUGCUCCAUUAGCACGAAGGAGCUGGAGCGUUACAAUAAAACCAUAAUUAACAGAAAUUUCAAGGUAGAGGUUACACCCGAAAAAAGAUCAUGUCUGAAAGAGAAACGAGGCAGUUCCGAAAAAAAAUCUCCAACUAAAUUGUUUCACAAGUCGCCUAGGUCUUUAGACAAAUUUAAUGUGGAAAUGAUGGAAAAUUUUGUAAGAGUUGUCCCAAGCAAAGCGGAAUGUCGAGAACUCUCGCCCUCCAGUCAUACGAAGGAAAGGCAAAAGUGUAACGAAACUACCCCCACUAAAUCCCCGAUUGCUCUCUCAUCGCAGGUCACAAAUAAGGUGAAACAAAAAUUGACGUUUGAUGAUUGUAAAGAUGCCGUAGAUUCUUUGCUUAAUGAUGGCUGGGAGGAAGAUUUUACUACUCUGGAUACGUAUGAUCAUACACUAGAUUUAAGUAAGGCACAGCACUGUGCAAUUGUAGAUAUUCAGCAUAAUGUAAACAUUAAUACUGUGGUUGUAAAGGGGACCAAAGAUAAUAAAACUGCCAUCUGUGAUAUUGAAGGUUUUUGGACAGGAUUGAAAUUGCAAGUUAAUGACAUUGUUUACAUCACUGCCGUUUUGAGUACUAGCAAUUCUAAGUGGUGUGUCAAUAAUUCCGAUGGAUCCAUAGUUUACCAUCCUGAUUUUUUAAUUUCGACAACUUCUGUCGUUGGAUCACAAUUUUGUAGUAGGCGGAGUGUUCUUAGGGAGAAGUUCUAUGGAUUUGAGCCUAGUAAUCAAGUUAUGGUAGUGGGAGUGUUGGUUCAUAAGCUAUUACAGGAAGUGCUCAAGAAUGGUAUUUACGCUACUAGUGAGAUGGAGGUCCUUGCAAAGAAGCUACUGCUAGAUCGUGAGACGAUAAGAAUGUGCUACGAGAGCGAUUUGCCAAUUGAGAAUAUCUUCAAAGAAUUGUCGCUGUUUGUUCCCAAGAUAAAAACGUUUGUUUCUCAUUAUCUUAAGGGUUGCUUAGAAAAUCCCAUAUACAAAAAUGGUGACUGGAAGGGCACAAUUAGCAAUAUACUGGAUAUUGAAGAAAAUGUAUGGUGUCAUGAGUUGGGUCUGAAAGGUAAAGUGGAUGUCACUGUAGGAACAGAGACGUCCGUCAUGCCCUUAGAGAUAAAAACAGGACGUGCUACUGUUUCGCUUGAGCAUAGAGGUCAAGUGAUGUUUUAUAUCAUGAUGUUGCAAAAGCUGGGUUGUAAACUGUCAUCUGGGUUACUACUUUAUUUGAGGGAGGGGGUAUUGCGAGAAAUUCUUGUAAGCGAGAAAGAGCGGCGUGAUUUGGUGCUGCUUCGAAAUGAAUUGGCUUAUUACUUAACGCGGAAACCUAAACUUACAUUUGACAAUUCGAAAGAUUUUUCUGUACAGUGGGAGUUACCGGAACCAAUCAAUCACCAUAGUGCCUGCGCAAAGUGCCCUUACAAUGUAAUUUGUUGUACAGCCUUGAAGUAUGAAAAAGCAAACCUUUGUAAUAAUGCCCUAAAGGAUCUAGAAGAAAAUCUUUUAACGCAUUUAGAACCAGCGCAUGUGGAAUAUUUUAUGAAAUGGAGUGCCUUGUUAACUUUGGAAAGUUCAUCUUCGCAUAAAAGUAAACAAUUGCACGAAAUUUACACACUCCGCACAGCAGUGAGGGAGAAAAACGGACAAUGUAUAAUUAAUGUAAUAGUGAAAGGGGUUAAUCCUCAUGCGGGCUUGUACGAGCACAUUUUUUGUAAAGCUAGCCAAUUGGAGAAUUACAAUAUGCUCUUAUCAGGAAUUGGUAUGGGUGACUACGUAGUUGUUAGUACUGAUAACCGUCCUGCUGUAGCAGCUGGAUUUGCUACUCAUAUGGAUUCACUCACCAUAUCUCUUUCACUCGAUAGGGAUCUCAAAAAAAAAUAUCCAAAUUGUCACUUUCACUUGGACACCUACACUUCCAGUAUAUCACAGGGUUUUAAUAUGAGUAACCUUGCCUUACUCUUAGAACCGACUGACCAAGCGGAACGGUUAAGAAGGAUCGUAAUUGAUAAACACUCGCCAACAUUUAGUAAUAAAUUACCAAAGCUACUCGCCAUUAAGGGUACCACAAUAUUACGCCGUCUUAAUAAGAUGCAACAGAAGGCGAUAUUAAAAUCGUUAAGCUGCAAUGAGUAUUUAUUAAUUAAUGGAAUGCCUGGGACCGGUAAAACUGAUACUAUUGUUGCCUUGAUUAAAUUAUUAACAGAACUAAAUAAAAGCGUUCUUGUUACAAGUCAUACACAUUCGGCUGUCGAUAACGUCUGCGUGCGUUUGUUAGCUUGCGGAGUAGACGUACUACGUUUGGGAUCGAGCAGUAAAAUACAUCCUAAAUUGAAAGAGCACUCUGAGGAAAUGCGGACGAAAAUGUGUCAAACGCCCGAACAACUUGCAGAAGUUUACAACAGUGCUAAAGUGUUAGCAGUGACAUGCCUCGGCUCUGGUCACGCUGUGCUAAAUAAGAGAGUGAUGGACGUCUGUAUCGUCGACGAAAGUACUCAAGUCCUUCAGUGUUCCGUAUUUCGAGCUCUAUAUAGUGCUCGUAAGUUUAUCUUAAUAGGUGAUCCCGAUCAGCUACCCCCCAUUGUUCAUAAUAAGGAAGCCAUAGAUGGCGGGUUGGCAGAAAGUCUGUUUGAAAGAUUAAAUACUCAGAGUGCAACUGUGACACUUCAGCAAAAUUAUCGAAUGAACAAGCCAAUAACAGAUAUGGCCAACAACCUCACGUAUAAUGGACAGCUAUUAACAGCAAAUGAAGAGGUUGCUAAUGCAACAUUACAGUUUCCAAAUUUUGAGUACUUUCUCCAAAUUUACAAAGAUCAAGAAUGGAUACUAUAUACCCUCGAUCGAUCACUUUCAGCUUCUGUUCGAAUCUUAGAUACAGGACGUAAACAUAGUGAUAGUGAAACAUUAAUUACAGAAGAAAGCAGGUGUACUAAUUUGUUGGAAAUUGCCAUUUUGAAAACAUUAGUGUAUGCUUUGUUUGAGGGCGGCAUUUCAAGUGACAUGAUUGGAAUAAUUGCACCCUACCGUGCACAAGUGGCGAAGCUCUCGACAUCGCUUCAGGAUUCCAAUGUGGAAAUUAGCACUGUUGAUCAAUUUCAAGGUCGUGAUAAAGAAAUAAUAUUUUAUUCGUGUACACGUUCCGGUAGCGAACGUAGUAUUGGUUCACAGCCCGAAAUUUUGGACGACAAGCGAAGAUUAACUGUAGCAAUUACUCGUGCCAAAUAUAAAUUUAUAAUGAUAGGCGACUUAAGUACAAUACGACAAUAUCAGCCAUUCGAAAACUUAUUGGGUUCAACUGAUCCUUCCGAUAUCCUCAAAUUGACUGAUGGCGAACUGGGGUUUAAUCGAAAAUUGUUAAUUAUUUGAGUAAGGAUCUCAUAUGAGUUUAUUUUACAUUACAUAGAAUAAAAUGAAAUUGUUUUGA